CAGCUCCUCCUUCGCAUUCCGGGCCUGCCCCGGCUUCUCUCCCAAGUGUUCGAAAAUGGAGCCUCUCACAACUACUUACCCUCUGAAAUAUUCAGUGCCCAAAGCCAGGGUCUUUGUUGUUUUUCUGUCGAUGGUUUUGUGUACUGCAGUUCUCUGCAUACUGCAACUCAGAUUUUUUAAACCUAAAACCAAAGAUUUUUAUUCUUUCGAAGUCAAGGAUUCACGAGGAAGGAUCGUUUCAUUGGAGAAGUACAGAGGGAAAGCAACUUUGGUUGUAAACGUGGCGAGUUACUGCCAGAACACAGACAAAAACUACAUCGCCCUGCAAGAACUACACAGGGAGUUUGGUCCCUCCCACUUCACUGUGCUGGCCUUUCCCUGCAACCAGUUUGGAGAAUCAGAGCCUAGCUCAAGCCAGGAAAUAGAGGCUUUUGCCAAAGGAAACUAUGGAGUAACUUUCCCUGUUUUCCACAAAAUCAAGAUCCUGGGAUCAGAAGCAGAGCCCGCGUUUAAAUUUCUAAUAGAUUCUUCAAAGAAAGAGCCUCGGUGGAAUUUCUGGAAGUACUUGGUUAGUCCUGAGGGUAAAGUUAUGAAAUUCUGGAGACCCGAAGAGCCUAUAGAAAGUAUCAAGCCAGAAGUAGCAUCAUUAAUCAGGCAAAUCAUUAUGAAAAAAAGAGAAGACCUUUGAAAAAGCCAUUCACUCCAUGAAUCCAUUCAACAGCAUGGUUGUACAGCCUUACUACAUUCCUGAGAAAUGCUGCUAGAAGUUAAACCAUCAGGUGAUUUUUUUUUUCUCUUUAAUGUUAGUAUUUUCAGCUACACUAUGUCAAUUAAUGUCGGGUUGGCUCCUGCAACAGCCUUGAGAGUGAGCCACUGAGGUCAAUGAGAAUGGCAAGACACUCGGUACCUUGCAGGCAUGGAUGUUCAAUUUGCAUAACAUUUUUGAAUGUUUCUUUGCAUUUGCUAAUAGCAAUUUUCACCAGCAGAAAGAUAGCUAAAAGGAAGAGGAUUGGUGAUAAAUUACUCCGUAUUUGCAAAGAAGACAUUUUGUUUCCCAUCUACCAGUGACGAAUUGGUUUUGAGACAAAUGCAACUGACCAUACUCGCUUUGCAAUAUUGACAGAGGAAAAUUACUGAACUGUGGAGCUUUCAACUAAGUUGUAAAAACCUGUACAUAGAAAGUAAUAUUAUUAAAAGAAAAAGAAAAC